CCCGCCGCCCGCCGCCCGCCGCCCGCCGCGAUGGCGUCGCUCACCGUGAAGGCCUACCUUCUGGGCAAGGAGGACGCGGCGCGCGAAAUCCGCCGCUUCAGCUUCUGCUUCGGCCCCGAGCCCGAGGCGGAGAUGGAGGCGGAGGCGGCGGCCGGGCCCGGGCCCUGCGAGAGGCUGCUGAGCCGGGUGGCCGCCCUGUUCCCGGUGCUGCGUCCCGGCGGCUUCCAGACGCACUACCGCGAUGAGGAUGGAGACUUGGUUGCCUUUUCCAGUGAUGAAGAACUGACAAUGGCAAUGUCCUAUGUGAAGGAUGACAUCUUCCGCAUUUACAUUAAAGAGAAGAAGGAGUGUCGGCGGGACCACCGCCCCCCAUGCGCUCAGGAGGCACCACGUGGCCUGGUGCACCCCAAUGUGAUCUGUGACGGUUGCAAUGGGCCAGUGGUGGGGACCCGCUACAAGUGCAGCGUCUGCCCGGACUAUGACCUGUGUGCUGCCUGUGAGGGAAAGGGCCUGCAUCGGGAGCAUAGCAAGCUUGUCUUCCCCGGCACCUUCGGGCCCUUCUCAGAGGGCUUUUCUCAUAGCCGCUGGCUCCGAAAGCUGAAACACGGGCACUUUGGGUGGCCUGGCUGGGAGAUGGGUCCACCAGGGAACUGGAGCCCGCGUCCUCCCCGGGCUGGGGAUGCCCGCCCUGGCCCUGCGGCAGAAUCAGUUUCUGGUCCAUCGGAGGAUCCCAGUGUGAAUUUCCUCAAGAAUGUCGGGGAGAGUGUGGCGGCUGCCCUGAGCCCUUUGGAGGACAGUCUGCUCCUCACGUCCACCCUACAAACAGCCCAGGGUUUACUCAAGGACUUGGGCAUCGAAGUGGACAUUGACGUGGAACACGGAGGGAAGCGAAGCCGCCUCACCCCCGUCUCGCCAGGUGGCUCCAGCACGGAGGACAGGGGAAGCUCUCAGCCCAGCAGCUGCUCUUCCGACCCCAACAAACCCGAUGUGGAUCGGGACCCGGAGGGCACCGCACAGGCGCUAGCUGAGCAAAUGGACAAGGUUGCCCUGGAGUCGGGGCCGCCCGAGGAACAGAUGGAGUCUGAUAACUGCUCAGGAGGAGACGAAGACUGGACUCAUUUGUCUUCAAAGGAAGUGGACCCGUCCACAGGUGAACUGCAGUCUCUACAGAUGCCUGAAUCCGAAGGGCCCGGCUCCCUCGGCUCUUCUCAGGAAGGGCCCACAGGACUGAAGGAGGCUGCUCUGUACCCGCAUCUGCCACCAGAGGCUGACCCCCGGCUGAUCGAGUCGCUCUCCCAGAUGCUGUCCAUGGGCUUCUCUGAUGAAGGUGGCUGGCUCACCAGGCUCCUGCAGACCAAGAACUACGAUAUUGGGGCGGCCCUGGACACCAUCCAGUAUUCAAAGCAUCCGCUGCCGUUGUGACAGCUUUCACUCUCUGUUCUGUCCCCCUUCUUGACUCCUAGUUGUGAUGAGAUAGUGUAGAACAGCCGGGCCUCUCUGGCGGCCAGUUUUUUUGCAUUCUUCUUCCAGAACCUGGGGGGCGGGGAUGCAUGAAGCCCUAGAGGGCUACAGAACAGGUGACAGGAGGGGGAGGCCUGAGUGCGUGUGCUGAUGGCCGCGCAGCAUUUCCCAGCUUUCCCUGGGUGUCCUGAAGCUUCCGUGGCGGGGGGGGGGGGGGGGGGGGGGGGGGGGGCUUGUCAGGGAGGACGGGGAGGGCAGAUAGCAUAUUCCUGCUCCACCCACCCCACCCCUAUCCCUCCUCCCCCUGGAUUACACCAGCAGUCCACAGUGUCUUGCCUAAUGGCCUUCUGUUUUUUUUUUUUGUUUUCAGUGACAAAUAGUAGGCUGACCUGUAGUUGAUUUUGUGCUAGAAACCUGAUUGGCUCCAAGUUUAGACUGAGUACAACCAACAUCCUGUCAGCUGGGGGAGGAACAGGUCCUGGAGGGCAGGGCAGUCCCAGGACUGGGCUUCUGGAAUCCCGUGGUCCUGAGGGGCCAGUGCUCACAGAAUGCUGUCUGCUCCAUAACCACUCUACUUUCAUUUCCAAACCUGUUGCUUUUAAAAAGGAGAUCCCUUUGUAACCAUCCUAUUGCUAUGUUGUAAACAACCUGUAAUUAAAUGGUAAAAGCACUUUAAUCAAAGAUGCUGCAACCAGAGAUGA